CCUCCCAGGGUGCAGCGAGGGACAGGGCAAGCAGUUAGUUACACGGCUGGGUUAGGUCAAGGGCUGUGCGCGUCCCGGGAGCGGAGUUGACAUGCUGCGGAUCUGGAGUUCGCGUGUCUGGAAGCAUCUCGGCCUCCUGCGCGGUACCAUCCCGGCCCGCACCUGGAGCGGCCGCCGCUGCCUGGUCUCCUGCAUCGACCCUUCCAUGGGACUAAAUGAAGAUCAGAAAGAGUUUCAAAAAGUGGCCUUUGACUUUGCUGCCCAGGAGAUGGCUCCACAUAUGGCAGAGUGGGACCAGAAGGAGCUGUUCCCUGUGGACGUGAUGCGGAAAGCAGCACAACUGGGCUUUGGAGGGAUCUAUGUCCGCCCUGACGUAGGGGGGUCCGGGCUGUCCCGGCUUGACACCUCUGUCAUCUUCGAAGCCUUGGCCACGGGCUGCACCAGCACCACUGCCUAUAUCAGCAUCCACAACAUGUGUGUCUGGAUGAUCGACACCUUUGGGAACCAAGAGCAGAGACACAAGUUCUGCCCCCCACUGUGCACCAUGGAGAAGUUUGCAUCCUACUGCCUCACCGAGCCGGGAAGUGGGAGUGAUGCUGCCUCAUUGCUGACCUCAGCUAAGCGGCACGGAGACCACUAUGUCCUCAACGGCUCCAAGGCCUUCAUCAGUGGAGGCGGUGAGUCUGACACCUAUGUGGUCAUGUGCCGGACCGGAGGGCCUGGGCCCAAAGGCAUCUCCUGCAUUGUUGUUGAGAAGGGCACUCCUGGCCUCACCUUUGGCAAGAAGGAAAAGAAGGUGGGCUGGAACUCUCAGCCGACCCGAGCCGUGAUCUUCGAGGACUGUGCAGUGCCUGUGUCCAACAGGAUCGGGGCAGAGGGACAGGGUUUCCUCAUCGCCAUGAAGGGCCUGAAUGGAGGGCGGAUCAACGUUGCCUCCUGCUCUCUGGGGGCUGCACACGCGUCCGUCAUCCUCACCCGUGAUCACCUCAAUGUCCGGAAGCAGUUUGGAGAGCCCCUGGCUAGUAACCAGUACCUGCAGUUCAAGCUGGCAGACAUGGCCACUCGGCUGGUGGCCUCCCGGCUGAUGAUCCGCAGUGCGGCAGUGGCAUUGCAGGAGGAACGCGAGGAUGCCGUCGCCCUGUGCUCCAUGGCCAAGCUCUUUGCCACGGACGAGUGCUUCGCUAUCUGCAACCAGGCCCUACAGAUGCAUGGGGGCUACGGCUACCUCAAGGACUAUGCGGUGCAGCAGUACGUGCGUGACUCCAGAGUUCACCAGAUCUUGGAAGGUAGCAACGAAGUGAUGAGGAUGUUGGUAUCCCGCAACCUGCUGCAGGAGUAGGCACGUCUGGGAGUCUGCAGGGACUGCUAUGGGUGAAACCCCAGGACUGAGGUCCUGUGGGGCCCAGAGGUUGUGGUGCGUCUCCAUACAGGGCAGGGCAGCAGCGCCCUCAGCAGACAGAGCUGGGCAGCAGUGCCCUCAGUGGACAGAGCUGGAAAGCAGCACACCCGGCUGGAUUGGGCUGACCAAAGAUGAUGCGGAGAUCUCAUCACCCUACCCCUCCUCCAGUUUCACGUCAGAGGCCUUUCUCAGACCCCCUGCAUUUCAUUGCUUCACCAAGUCCCUUCUACAGAAGUCUGAGUCUUUGUCAUCUUUGGCAGGUGUGGGACAAGAGGAGACACCCACCUGGUCUCAGCUCUCGGCCCCUUGGUUAGUAUGCCCUUUGGACAUUCCAGUGAAGAAGGAAGCAGGAUGAUAUGCCAGCAGUGACUUGGGGCACUCCCACUUAGGAGCUCUGGCUGAGAUUGUUUGGAACUUGAUCCUGGAAGUCUGGGCUCAGGACUUAGUGCUCAGAGCACCUCCCUCACCUUCCUAAUCUGCUACUUUGAAUAUAUAUUUUUUCUGAGGCUUCGCUUUCUUUUUGGAAGUUAGUCCUCUUUUGAAGUAUUUUUAAUCACUAUAUUGAUAAAUAAAAUUAACUUCUCUAUAAUA